UGAAAAGAAGCUUCAAGUCGUAGUUCAAGUCUCUCCUCGUUUAAAGCAGCCUUUCGUCACGAUGUCGCCCCAUCAUUGUGUUGUUUUGGCGUCCUUCCACGUGCUGACAUUGCUGGGCUGCCUUCCGGUGACUCUGGGCUGGCGCCACGAUGUCUCCUUCGGCAUGAGCAUUGCCAACGCCGGCCGCCGUGACGGCUUCCUUCACCAGCACACUUCUCUUCGCACGGAUGAUGUUCCUGAUAUUCUACUCGGUGCGAGCAAACAGCCAUUCCAUCGGCUUCGGUCAUGCAUGCAUGCAAUGCUUUCAAUUGAAUGCUUUUGAUGUGCAGGAUGCCACGCGCCCAUUCACGGCCUCGGGCAACAUGCAGAGUAUGACAUGGAGUCCGGCCUCCCGAAGGGGGAGCAAAGGGAGCUGCAGUAUCUCUUCAAGAAACUCACCCCUCCUCUGCAUGUUGGGUAUGCUCCGUGUGCGUGUUACCGUGCGUGUUGACAUGCUUUGCAUGCACUCGGAUGCGUCUCCAAUGCGUUGUCCACAGGAACGUUGAGGAUCUUCUCAAGUCGGUUGCGUUCAUCGACUGGGACGGGAAUGUGAAGCUGCCGCGCAGGCUGAGGGCAUACUCGGCAGACGAGAAAGUGGUGCAGUUUGAGACGGCAGACAACGACGUCGUCAAAGAUGCUAACGGUGAGCAUUCGGUGAGUUGACCUGUACCCUCAUAUGAAUAUCGAUAUGCGAACUCGCUCAUCAGACUGGGACAAAUCAUCAUCGAGAUAUGGUGAUGAGUUUACCUGGUCUGACCUGGAGAGAUUCCCCCUGCCCGACUUCUGGCAGCUCGACCUCACUAAAACUCAGCAGGUGGGUGUACUAUCGGGUCAAAAAACAGUGCCCACACUUUGACUGAACAUCUCUCUCCCAUGAAUGCAUGCAGGUGAAAUCUGCCAACUCGAAACUCGGACUGCCACUCAACCACUUCAAGCUCAUCGUACUUGUAUACUGCCCUCAGGUCUGAGACUGAGUAAAAUAGACAUUGCACCUAUGUAAUGUUUCUUCUCGUAUUGAUAGUUGGCAGGACCUCUUCUGGAAUAUCAUGCCGUAUCAGUUGAAUAA